AUGGAUUUUGAGGAAAAUAUCAUUAAAAGACAAAAUUCAAGCGAAUAUUUCGACACCGUAAUCGGCCACAUUGAGGACAUCGUGAUUGGGGAAGAGUUUCAGCGUAUGGUCAAUCAGUUCAUGGAAUGCUAUUACUACGAGUUUGAACCGGGUGAAGAGAAUAAAAUUAUCUACACGGAGAUCUACCAGAAGUACACGAACAUGAUCGAGGCACACAUCGUGGAGCAUCUGAACCGGAAGAUGACCUGCUUCGACAUGGAUCUGUUUGCGAUGGAGCUAGAGAACAAGAAAACCCAGCUCGAUGGUGAGAUCUUCGAGCUGUUGUAUACGCUAACGGAUUUUCUCGCCUUCAAGGAUAUGGUGCUGGACUACAAGGCGUUCAAGGAAGGUGCAUAUGAUGAUCUGAGCAAGGGUAUCAGCGUUACUGGCCUUCAGAAAUAG